AUGAGCGAAGCACAGAGGAAGAAUCUUGGAUUAUUGGAAAUAGAGAAGUACUUGCGCAAAAAUGAAAAUUCGCUGGCUAAUUUUAAGAAGUCAAUGCCACAACCAGACGAUAUUGAAGAGUACACAGAUACAAAUCACCUAAUACUUGAUGAGUUGAAUUAUGACUGUGAUAAGCUGGCCAAAGAGCAUGAGAGGUUGCUAUCAACAAUAACAGAUGAACAGAAACAAAUUUACGAUUUCGUAAUGGAUGCUGUGAAUGCUAAUGCAGGUGGUAUGUUUUUUGUUUAUGGUUAUGGGGGCACAAGUAAGACGUUUUUGUGGAAUGUCUUAGGGGCAGCAAUUCGAUCUAGAGGUCAGAUAGUUCUAAAUGUAGCAUCGAGUGGAAUAGCUGCAUUGCUAUUACAAGGGGGUCGAACUGCUCAUUCUAGGUUUGGGAUACCAAUGGCGGUGAACGAAUCUACAUUCUGUUCGAUAAGUGCAGGAUCACAUCAGGCAGAAUUACUUGAACGAGCUAGCCUUAUAAUAUGGGACGAAGCUCCAAUGAUGAGUAGACAUUGUUUCGAAACGCUGGACCGAACAAUGCGAGAUAUACUUAGGUGUGAUAAAAUUUUUGGUGGUAAAGUCGUUGUUCUAGGUGGGGAUUUCAGACAAAUUUUACCUGUCAUACCAGGUGGAGGUAAGAUAGAAACAGUGAUGGCAAGUCUGAAUUCAUCUCCUUUAUGGUUAGAAUGCAAGGUGAUGGAACUAACAACAAACAUGAGGCCUCUUCGUGUGUCGGGAGGUAUUGAGAACCAAGAGAUGGUAGAUUUUGCUAAAUGGAUAUUAGAUAUCGGUAAUGGGAAGAUAAAUGAGCCAAAUACAGGAGAAGUUGAAAUUGAUAUUCCAUCAGAUUUAUUGAUUAUCCGUGAAGGAAAUCCACUAGAAAAAAUUGUCUCUGAAAUUUAUGGCACAUCGUAUAAAACCACAAGAGAUGCAAAAAAUUUUCAAGAGAGAGCUAUAUUGAGUCCCCGGAACCAAGACGUUGAUGUAAUAAAUGAGUUUAUGUUGUCGAAGCUCACAGGUGAUGCACAAGAGUAUUUAAGCUCAGACAGUAUUGAUACUUCAGACACAAGUAAGAAUGAUGAUAUGGUUUAUACUCAGGAAUAUCUUAACAGUAUUAGAGUAUCUGAGUUGCCAAAUCAUUUUCUGAAGUUGAAGAUUGGUGCUCCUAUCAUGCUACUUAGAAAUAUUCAUCCUAGAGGCGGUUUGUGCAAUGGAACGAGGUUAUUGGUGACCAGAUUGGCUAAACAUGUGAUUGAGGCUAGCCAUUUAAGUGGUGAUAGAAUUGGCAAAACAGUUUUGAUUCCUAGGAUGUUUGUUUUCCCACCAGAAGCAAGGUUCCCUUUCAGAAUGCGUCGUAAGCAAUUUCCCAUUGCAAUCGCAUUUGCUAUGACGAUAAAUAAAAGUCAAGGUCAAACUUUGCAAAAGGGUAACAUCGAGAAAAGGACUACGUAUUUUGAUAACUGA